AUGGCGCUGAAUUUCAACCCCGGUCAAAUCAUUGUUCGCAACAUCGACCCUACGCAAGUCGACCCCAACGUUCUUCGCGCUGUAACAGAGACCCUGGAUCUCCACCUAAAUACCUUUGAGUCCACCGUCGCCGUCUCCGGCUGGGAUUACAUGGCCUACGGCGAAGAAGGCCGGCUGUUCAUGGCAUUACAGAUGGGACGCAUUCUCCGUAAGCCUGUCAUGUGGGUGAAGGAUGGCAUACACAACAACGUGGACAGAUGGGUUCUUGGCCCCUGCGACAGAUUCAUCGCCGGCAUUCACAUGAUCGUUUCUGUCGACGGCAUCGCCGUCGUUGUGCGGCGGCCUCCACCUCAGCUCCUUGAGGAGGCACCUGGCGCGUUGGUCCCCUGCGUUAACGCUCCCGAAAGGACACCAAAGAUAACUCGCCCGCCCAAUGCUUUCAUUCUCUACCGAAGCGAUUUUCAAGCCCAACUCAAGCUGAUGAACCCGCACAUCCAAAACCAUGACAUAUCCAAAAGGUUAGGCGCCGCCUGGAAUUCCGAGUCACACGAAGUUCGAGAGAGAUAUAGAGCGCUCGCAAAAGCCUACAAAGAGCGCCACAACAAGAUGCACCCGGACUAUCGGUAUACUCCACGCAAGCCUUCCGAAAAGCGUCGUCGAAAACCGCAGAAGCGCGUCACUCCAGUCCACCCAGCUAGUCGCCCAGGCCUUGAAACCGUAUCAUAA